AUGGAUAUCAACUAUCACACCAAAUCUAUUCGUGAUGAUUUGGGUCUCAAGCUGACCAGAAAACAAAGUCAUGCGAAGAAGUUUUUCACAGGUUGGAAGGAAUGUUUUGAAUGCCACUACUACGCGCUCUGGAAACAAGGAAUCGAAACCGGUGAUAUCAGCCUUCGGAACCUAAUGUUGGAUCCCGUCCUCGGCGUUGGGGUUCUGCAUGUCUUUGAUCUCGUUAAUAUCACUGGCUCGGAGGCGAGAGGCGGACGACGGACUGGGACAAUCACUUCUAUGGCUCUUGAUCUUCUAACAGACCAUCGCUUCACUCAGUUAUAUCGCCAUGACAUUGUUGAUCUGGCUAUUGGUCUGGCUUUGUCUAAUCCUUGA